AACCCCGGCCGUGCUCCUCCGCAAUCGUCUCCCUCCCCAUUCCCAACCCAUUUCGAAUCCCGCCGCGCGCCCUCUCCGGCGACGCCUCCGCCCCCGUCCGCCGGCAGGCCGCGCACCGGUGAGCGAGCUCUCGUAUCGCGGGAGGCGGAAAUCCGCGCGCGGCGGAGGCCCUGUAAUUAACCAAUCCCCCUCGAUUCGCUCCCCACGUACCCGCAGGCCGCGGCGCCCCCGGCGGGACCGGGAUGAGCGGCGGACGUCGCCCCGGCGACCAGCUCCUCCAGAUGGGGACGGCGUGCGGCGCCCUCAUGCACGAGCUCCAGGUCAUCUGGGACGAGAUCGGGGAGAAGGACGCCGCGAGGGACACCAUGCUGCUCGAGCUCCAGCAGGAGUGCCUCGAGGCCUACCGGAGGAAGGUCGACCAGGCCAGCCGCUGCCGGGCCGAGCUGCGGCGGGACAUCGCCGACGCCCAGGCCGAGCUCGCCGCCGUGUGCUCCGCCAUGGCCGAGUCGCCCGUCCUCGUCAGGGAGAAAGGGUAUGGCUUACGGGAGGAACUGAGUGCAAUCUUCCCAUAUUUGGAAGAGAUGAAGAAUAGAAAGGCCGAAAGAUGGAACCAGAUUCUUGAUGUUAUAGGCAAGAUAAAAAAGAUAUCAUCUGAGAUCAGACCUGCAGAUUUUGUCCCUUUUAAAGCACCUGUGGAUCAAUCUGAUCUAUCCUGCAGAAGGCUAGAAGAGUUAAGAACGGAGCUGCGGUCCCUAGAGAAAGAGAAGAGCGAGCGGCUAAAGCAAGUAAUGGAUUACCUGAAUACUUUGCAUUCCUUGUGUAAAGUACUUGGUGUUAACUUCAAGCAAACAAUAUCUGAUGUACACCCCAGUCUUGAUGAGGAUGGCGUACCAAUGAACAUUAGCAACACCACAAUUGAGAGGUUGGCGUUGGCAAUACAGAGACUACGGGAAACAAAAAUUGAAAGGAUGCAGAAGCUUCAAGAUCUCUCGUCUACAAUGCUCGAACUAUGGAAUCUUAUGGAUACACCGAUAGAAGAGCAACAGUCGUUCCAGAAUAUAACAUGCAAUAUUGCUGCAUCAGAACCUGAAAUAACAGAGGCCGAUGCCCUUACCAUUGACGUCAUGAACUUUGUAGAAGCUGAGGUAUUGAGGCUUGAACAACUGAAAGUCAGUAAAAUGAAGGACUUGGUUCUGAAGAAGCAAACAGAACUAGAAGAGCAUCGUCGACGCGCACAUUUAGUUGGAGAUGAACAUUAUGCAACUCAGUUCAAUAUCGAGGCCAUUGAAGCAGGUGCUAUUGACCCCUCACUUCUUCUAGAACAAAUCGAGGCAUACAUCGCAACAGUUAAAGAAGAUGCUUUUAGCAGGAAGGAUAUACUUGAGCGAGUUGAAAGGUGGCUAAAUGCAUGUGAGGAGGAAGCUUGGUUAGAGGAUUAUAGCAAAGAUGAUAACCGAUAUAAUGCUGGGAGGGGUGCACAUUUUAUGCUCAAGAGAGCUGAAAAAGCCCGUGUUUUGGUUAACAAGAUACCAGGAAUUGUAGACCUUCUUACAAAUAAAGUUAUUGAUUGGGAGAAAGAAAGGGGCACUGAGUUUACUUACGAUGGUGUUAGUCUUUUGUCUAUGCUUGAUGAUUAUAGGAUAGUUCGUGAAGAAAAGGAGCAGGAAAAGAAGAGGCAAAGGGAUCAGAAGAAGCUUGAGGAUCGAUUCAAAGCCGAGCAGGAGACACUGUAUGGAUCAAAGCCAAGCCCUGCAAAGUUAAAUAGCGGGAACAAGCUUACCAGAAACUCCUCGGGAAUUGCAAACCGGAGGCUGUCUGUCGGCGGAGGACCAGUGCGAACUCCAAAAUUAGUGACACCUCAGUCAAGAUUCAUACGUUCAGCCAAGAAGACAGAAGAUAGUGGCACGCUCUCCCCUGGUAGGAGAGGCAAAGGCACUGCCAACCCUCGAUGCAAGCAGUUAUCUUUCAAGGCAAGUACUCUUGGUGAGACUGAAACUCUUCGCAAACCCUUCACGCAGAUCGCACCCGGAAAUAGCAUCCCAUCGACGCCCGUGCGGUCUGCCUCCAAUAGUACCGAAGGCGAGAACAGAACUCCCAAAAUACUCGCAGCACCAACUCCUAAGACGCCGAUGAUGGUGAUCUCUCCUAUGCAAAUGUCCACAACGCCUGCUCUGACUGCCGCAAGAGCUGCACCUAUCUGCGUCUCCAAUGACAAGCCGGAGCUGUGUUUGCUAGAGGGCACCGAGUACUCCUUUGAAGAGAGGCGUCUUGCCUAUCUCGCUGCGCACGCCGCUUGACUCUUGGGGAAUGCCGGGGAAUGCAGGGUAGGUUGCUGAAAGUAUGUCAUCUGGCAUGGCAAGGCGUCUCUUGUGGGAGACGCUUGGCUUAGUUGAUAAAGACACAUUUUUUUUUGUAUCGAAGUCACAGCCAUAUGUCAUGCUGGCUUAGUUGGUUGGAUUGCUGGCUUCUGCUAUAGAUGUUUAGCAAGUCAUGGUACGUGAUACUGGAAAUGCAUACUGGUUUAUCUACAGAAGAUAUCUUUCUACA